AUUCAGGCACCCCUAUAAAAAGCUACUACUACUAUAGUAUCAAUGAAGUUGAAGGAUUCAUUCAGAUAAGCAGGCAGACAGUACACAAGGUAGAAGGCCGCAGAAAGCGACGGACAGGUCCGGCCGUAACGGCCACAACUAACUCCCUCCUCGUCCUCUGCUAUUCCUUCUGCUCCUCCUAUAUAUUCUCAUCCCGCCCGAUUCCCCAACCAAACCACACCAACUCAACAUCAACUCAGAGAGCAGCAGUGGCCGCCCAGGAGGGAGAGAGAGAGCGAGAAUGGAGCGCGAGGCGCAGGGGUUGAGACGCAGGAGGAGCAUGGGCGGCCGGUUCAGAGCGGAGAUCCAGAUUGACCCAGGCGUCGCCAUUCCCAGGUCAGGACCAACCCCAACCGCCCAUUUCUUCUUCUUCUUCUUCUUCUUGGCUUCUUGCCUGCACUUCUUGCCGCCGCACGAGUUCUUGCCUUCUUUUCGAUCGUUUCAAUCCCAAGUUUCAUCGCCAUCUUCUUCUUGUCUUUGCUCGCAUUGGUGUUCUUGGCAACUUCUGCUUGUUGUUUUCGCGCACCUGAUCGAUCGAUCGGUCGAUGAGCAGAGGGCCGGAUGCCGGGUUCGCCGCCGCCGUGCGAGAGCCGCUGGUGAAGCUGCAGCGCCCCAAGUUCGAGUUCGAGCAGUGGGAUUGGGAUUACAUCUCCUGGCCUCACGACCGUCUCGACGCGAAUCUGCAGAUGAGGGACAGUGAUCCGGAGGCGACAUUUGAGGCAGACAGGAAGGCGAGCGACGAGUUCCUGCGCCGGAGUACACUGCAGCUGAACAAGUGUGAGAGGGAUCGGCGAAAGCCGGAGCAGCAGGACAUGGAGCUGGAGGACCAAGACAUGUUCGUGGCGUCCCUGCUUCAUGUCGACGACGAGCCCACCGGAUGCAGGAGCAGCAGCGAGCCCUGGAGAACGGCAGGGCAACGCAGCGCCAUUACUCCCCACAUGGGCGCAGCAUACUAGUCUCACCAUGAUCUGUGGGGUAGAAGAAACAGUAUACAACUAUCCUGAGGUUUUCUUCAGUUCAGAACUGUGGGAGUAACAGCAAUUUACGGUUCAGAACUUCUCGGGAACAUACUUGCUGUAGUGUAGUGUACAGACACAUUACAUUCAUCUUCUAAUUGUAGGAUGAUUCCGAGUCAAUAGUUCCACACUAGUAGAUUAGCAUUUCAUUACAUUGCUGUCCUGGAGAGAUGUUCUUUUAUGUUCAGAAAUGCUCGGGAAACAGUUUACUGUACAGAUACAUUCCGUACAUCUUUGGUGGAUAUAGUACGGGACAAUAGUAUUGGUACAUAGACAUUUCAUUCCAUAGCUGUUCCGAAGAUGUUCUUUUAUGUUCAGAAUUGCCCGGGAGCAUUUGCUGUUCUGAAGAUAUUCUCCCUUUUUUUUUCGAACGGCCUGAAGAAGAUAUUCUUUUUAUGUACAG